GCUCUCUUUCUCUUCCAGGAAAAUGGCAUCAUCGACCUUCAGCUACUGCCCCAGUCGUGCUGCUGAGGCCAAGAAGGGAUUGCAAGACAGUUCUCUCGAGUUGCUCGCCAGCAUCCCCGAGGAGUCUUCCCUGUCACGCUCCUCCGGUCACCUGCACCGUUCGCUACGCGGGCCGCUGCUGUGCGCACUCGUGUCCCUCCUGCUUUCGGUCACGGUGCUGGCCAGCUGCGCUGUGCUAGUGUACGUCGAGGUCUACUACCGCUCGUCCUUCCCGCUUCGUGUUGACUGCAACCUGGACCCAACCACAGGUGGACUCGCUGACUAUGGCCGAUGCAUACGCAGAGGGUGCAAGUACGUGUCAACGGACAGCACGAUGCCUGCGUGUUUCUUCCCCGAAGAAUACGGCUACGUCACGGAGAGCGAAGAACGCCACGCGGACGGUAGCGGAUUCACGGCGCGUCUGAAGAGACCGGACUCACCGCCGUUGUUUGGCGAGGAAUUCAACGACGUGGCCGUUAACGUUUCUUUCUUGACGCCUUCUAGGCUCCGCGUGCAAAUGAUACCGGAUGGUCACAGCUACCAGCCGAUUGUAUUCGAAGAAGAUAAGUUACAACGCUGCAAUGAAAACGAUACGGUUUAUGAAGUUUCACAAGAACAGUCUGGACGGUUAUUCGGCAUUGUGGUCAGGCGGAAAGAAAACGGUGCGGUGAUAUUUGACACGAGACUGCCAGGUACAGUGCUAUCAGAGCAGUUUCUGCAGGUCUCUACUCGACUGACAACAGCGAAUAUAUUCGGCCUCGGAGGCCUUUCCCCGAAGGAAACGCUCAAACAGGACAUCAACUGGAAGACAAUAACAUUUUUCAACAAACGAAUUCAUAAUAGACCGAGUGAGUAUUUUGGUGUGCACCCUUUUUACAUGGUGGUCGAGGAGGACGGGAAAGCGAAUGGCAUAUUUUUGAGAAACGGAAACGCAAUGGAUGUUUUGCUGCAGCCAGAGAAAGUGAUCACGCUUAGGACAACUGGAGGCCUGCUUGACUUCGACAUCUUUCUUGGCGACAAUCCUGACGACGUUUUGCGCCAGUUCACAGAGCUAGUUGGAAGACCAGCAAUGCCUCCUCUCUGGGCACUGGGGCAUCACGUCAGUGUGGAGGCGGACGUCGAGAUUUCACAAGUGUGGCCCCUACUGCAGACACUACAACAAGCCGGUAUUGAAGUGGCAGCUUUGCAUCUCAAUGAGGGAAUUGCAAACGGAAAAUUUGCAACCGACGACUCCUCGAUUGUUGACGAAAUCUUGAGGCUCCGAAAUGACACUCAGGAUGCUGGCAUAAGAUAUCUGCUCCGAGCAGAUCCCCUCCUGCCCUCUCCAGGGACGCAUACGAUCCCACUAAUACUGAGUGAAGGUGGCAGGAACGCCAGUGAGAUUGCGUUUGUAGAUUUCACUAAUCCGGAAACGGAGAUGAAGUGGACAAAAACUUUGCGUUCGCUACUGGAGAAUAUUGGAUUCGACGGGCUGCUACUGGACAUGAGCGAGCCGACUUACCCUCCCGAGCUGAACCGAUCGGGUAUAAAGUGCCCAGAAAACAAGUGGAACAACCCCCCUUAUCCCGUUGGCUUUCAGCACUGGGGUAGAGCAAUGUUCGAGAACAGCGUGUGCGGCGAUGCCAACCAGUCUACCGGCACCCACUACAACCUGCACAACCUCUACGGGUAUCACCAUUCGAAGACGACUUGGAAGAGCUUGAUAAACCUCCUGAAGGAACGAGGAGGACAGAGGCCCAUGAUUCUGAGCCGCUCGACGUUCUCGGGUUCAGGAUCCUUCGGCGGACACUGGUUCGAAGAGCCCGAGUGCAGCUGGGAAGGACUGCGUAGGACCAUAGUCAAGGCGGUCGAGUUCUCCAUGUUCGGAAUGCCUCUGGUUGGCGGCUACUGCCAUUGGUCUAACAAAUCAGAAGAUGUCCGUCUAGCGUGGCUUAAAGUGUCAGCGCUGCUUCCACUCUCUAUCAGAAGAAUGAGCCGAGCAGAGAACCUCGAGGAAGACGAAGCGACAUCAAGGCUCCUGAAUGCGUCGGGUACUGUCCUCGCUACCAGAAAGCUCUUGUUGCCCUACAUCUACACGGUCUUCUACGAGGCUCACGUGAUGGGUGGCGCCGUUCUGCGGGCACCAUUUUACGAGUUUCCCACAGACCCUUACGCGAUGAACAUCAGCUAUCAGUUCCUUUGGGGCUCUGCUCUACUCGUUUCCCCCAGGAUACAAGAGGAUGCUCCCGGAGUAGACGCCUACUUCCCAGCGGGCCAGUGGUGCGACUUCUACACGGGCGAAUCCAUCAAUCUACAGCGUGGAGGCAACGUCACGCUUAACUCCGAGAACGCCGCCUUGCACGUCAGGGGCGGUUUCAUAAUUCCUUUGCUUCGACCCGUUGACAACCAGAGCAGUUCUGUAAGAAAACUGGAGCUGUUCGUCUCUCCUGACGAGAAUGGCGAAGCAUCGGGUUUCCUCUACUGGGACGACGGCAUCACAUACUACGAAGACAUGACAGUCGCAGUCGCCACGCGCCUCAACUUCACUUUGACCAAGGAGCAAAAUGUUUCCAAGUUGUCCUUAUCAGCCGUGAAAAAGAACUCCCACAAACAAGAAGCACUGAUGAUAGACUCAGUGACCUUCUGUAAUGCAGCUCCUCCGGUUUCAGUUUUGUUGGAUGGAAAGACAAGCGUCAACUCAACGUACAACUCGAACCUCAAGGUUCUCAGGGUGGCACUUUUAUCCAUGGAUGACACCAAUCAUGUAAUUGCUAUGAAUUACUAGAUAAUCACAAUACAACACACGGAACGAAAGAGUAAUGCACAGACCUCUUACCUGUGUGUACAAAAUAUUCAUCAAUUUCUGCAUUGUAAAAGCAUGGUUAAUGUAUCAUCUGACGUUCACAAAUUUCGAGUUGAAUAAAACAAUGCAGAAGCUUGGA